GCGUCGUGCACGCAGUACCGUUUGGUGGUCCGGGCUGUGGACACCCUCCAGAUCCUGCAGCUGUACACUUGCCUGGACCAGAUCCAGUACAUAGAGUGGUCGUCCGAUUCCCUGUUCAUAUUAUGUGCCAUGUACAAGCGUGGGAUUGUCCAGGUCUGGUCCCUGGAGCAGCCGGACUGGCACUGUAAGAUAGACGAGGGGUCAGCAGGAUUGGUGGCUUCAUGCUGGAGUCCGGAUGGUCGUCACAUUCUCAAUACAACUGAGUUCCAUCUGCGGAUAACUGUGUGGUCCUUGUGUACGAAAUCUGUCUCUUACAUCAAGUAUCCCAAAGCUUGUCAGCAGGGGAUCGCUUUCACUAAGGACGGCCGCUACAUGGCAGUAGCAGAGAGACGUGACUGCAAGGACUUCAUUAGCAUCUUCGUGUGCAGCGACUGGCAGCUACUGAGACAUUUUGACACCGAAACGCAAGAUCUGUUUGGGAUUGAAUGGGCUCCUAAUGGCUGUGUUCUGGCAGUGUGGGAUACGUGUCUGGAGUAUAAAAUCCUACUGUACUCCCUUGAUGGCAGACUGCUCUCCACGUAUCGGGCUUAUGAAUGGUCGCUGGGCGUAAAAUCCAUUGCCUGGAGUCCCAGCAGUCAGUUUUUGGCAAUUGGCAGCUAUGAUGAAAAGGUGCGCAUCUUGAACCACGUAACUUGGAAGAAGAUCACAGAGUUUGAGCAUCCAGCAACCAUUGCUAACACCAAGACUAUUGUGUAUAAAGAAGUGGAGAAGUCCCCAUCUGUUGAAACAGAGAGACUUUCUUUCCCUCCAACAAGAGCGUUGGCUAGUUCUCUCUUCAGCACACAAAGCAAAUAUGACAUUUCCCAGGUGCCAGUUUCCUUACAAUACAUCAAACCAGUUGCUGACAGGGCAAAUCCCAAAAUGGGCAUUGGGAUGUUAGCAUUCAGUCCCGACAACUGCUUCCUGGCAACCAAAAACGAUAACAUCCCUAACGCUGUCUGGAUCUGGGACAUCCAAAAGCUGAAACUGUUUGUAGUGCUGGAGCAGCUGUGUGCCGUCCAGGCCUUCCAGUGGGACCCACGACAGCCUCGACUUGCUGUAUGUACAGGAAACAGCAAAGUCUACUUGUGGUCCCCCGCGGGCUGCGUGUCAGUGCAGGUGCCGCUGGAAGGUGACUUCCAGAUCGUGUCCCUCUCCUGGCAUUCUAGUGGAGACUCCAUGGCGCUCCUGAGUAAGGACAACUUUUGUGUGUGUUACUUAGAAAGAGAAGAGGUAAAAUAACAAUCAUUUGCAUUAAGAAUGCUC